AUGGCCAGUAUUAUAUUUGACUGCAAAGUAAAUGAAUCGAUCGGGAAGAACUGUGUGUUGCGCUGGGUCAAUGUUCUUGGGGACCCCAUUUAUGUCGGCGAGGGUAUGAAGCCCAAUCAUUCUCUUGUCCAGCAAGUGUCCAAUGUGGAAAAUGGUAUCGCUAUUGGGGAUGUCAACACAUUAGCCAUACGAGAUCCACAGACUUUUCACGCCGGGGAGCUUCACCGUCAUGCACAGUUUUGGACAGAGAUUGCAGAGAGAAAUCCUUCCCACGAUCAUCAGGAAGUUUUAAAUUGGAUUAACAAUACGGUUCCCAUUUUUCCCUAUUUUCAGCAUUUUAAGGGAAUUUUUCAACAAGAGUCUUAUGAUUCCGAUUUCCCACCUCCGAAACAGUUUCCAAAUAAUAAGAUAUGUGCACAGUUUCGGGAUUUAUUGGACAGACCAUCGUUGAGCGCCUUGUAA